AUGUGGAAAUCAACACAUGAUCAUGUCCACUGGAAUAAUGCACAGCUGGGUCAACGCUGUUUGAAGUCACUGUCAUUUGUCUGUCUACAGUCCCUGGAUGAAGACUGUACGCUGGAGGAGGAAGAUGAGGGGCUGAUCGAGGAGGAGGAUGAGAUCGAUCAGUUCAACGAUGACACAUUCGGGGCCGGUGCCAUCGACGAUGACUGGCAGGAGGAGCACAAGCGGCUGGCCGAGCUGGACGAGCGGGACGGGCUGGCCGCGGGGCUGGGGGUGGGGGAGGGGGACCUGAGGGGCUCCCAGCGCUCCCCCCUGACCGGCCGCCUCCCCCUUCCAGCCUCCAUCCCCUCAGUCGGCUUCUCCUCGUCUUCCUCCGGACUCCCUCCGACAGAUGUGGACGAUCGGCCGGGGGACGGCGACCUGGCCGAGUCUCUGGCUCGCCUCAUCCUGGAUGCCGACCCGGCCAUCGCCGGCGUCGGGGCAGCCGAGAGACCUGGGCUCCCCCGCGGCGUCUCCCCGGGGUCUGCCCUGUCCAGCCUGCACGGGUUGGACCAGCCCAGAGUCCUGCCGCAGCCCCCCUCCAUCCCACACCCCCACCAGCUGCCCCCCGGACCCCCGCCUGCAGGCCUUCCUCCCUCCUCCAUGCUCAGCUACCAGCAGCAGCAGCACCUGCUGCGCCGAGGCUCCGCCCCCAUGGGACAGAUGAACUCUCACAGUAUUUGGGAGAACAGUAUGGGCUUCGGGCCGGUCAGCGUCACUCCUGGGCUGGUGACACACAUGGAGGACAGUCCUCUGAUGUCCAUCAUCAAAGAGGUCGGUCUUCCUAAACGACCUCCUCAGGGCCGCUCAGACGAGGGGCGGGACCUGUCGGAGCGAGUCCCGCCCCCGCGCUCGUCCUCGCCCGUCAUCGGCUCUCCCCCGGUCCGGGCGGUGCCCAUCGGGACUCCGCCCAAGCAGCCGAUGAGCCACGCCCUGAAUCACCAGAUCCACCACCCCACAGCGGUUCAUGUGAGAGCCCCGGUGCAGCACAGAUACCCUCCUCCCUUCCCCGAGCGUCUGUCACCCAACACCCUCCUCAAUAUAGCUAACUCUCCGCUGUGUCGAGGUCCGUUCCCUCCCAGAGUCGGCCCGGUUCUGUCUCCGAUCCAGCGAGCUCAGCUGCUCAACUCUCAGGUGGCGGGUUUCCCCCGCGGUGGUCCCGGCGCCCCCCUGUUACCGGGCGGCGGAGGGUUCAGGCCGUUCUUCGCGGGGCCCCCUCCUCCACACGGCCACCGGAUGGGCCCGCCGCCGCCUCACGGGCUCCCUAACCACACGCCGCCAAUCCGGCACAACACCACCCACCUGCACCCGCAGCACCGCCGCAUGCUGACGCAGCGCAUGCAGAGCCGGGGAGGGGACCGGAUCAGGCCUGGGGGGGAUCGGCGCAGCAGAGACCCGUACAGCAACCUGAUGACUCAGAAGGAGAAGGAAUGGGUCACCAAGAUCCAGAUGAUGCAGCUGCAGAGCACCGACCCCUACCUGGACGACUACUACUACCAGAACUACUAUGAAAAGAUGGAGAAGCGUCAGGAGAGGGAGCGAGACAGCAGCAAGAAGGAACACACCACCAAACUGAUCACUCCUCAGGUGGCCAAGGUCGAACACACCUACAGGCCAGUGCAGUUUGCCGGCUCUCUGGGGAAACUGACGGUCUCCAGCGUGAACAACCCCAGAAAGAUGAUCGACGCCGUGGUGACGACUCGCACGGACGAUGAGGAGAAACGGGACAAGCAGGUCUGGAACAAACGCCGCCAGGUCCUCUACACCGUGGAGAAGAUGUACAGUUUGCUGCUGGAGGUGCAAGACUUCGAGAAACGCUUCGUCCAGGCGGCUGAGGAGGACCGCGAGGCUCUGCUGGAGCAGCACAAGACCAACACGGUGCAGCUGUGCAACUCCCUGCGGGAGAAGGAGUGGGAGGACAGAGUUAGCGACGAGCAGUGUGUGAUGAUCAUGUCCGUGAGGAAGGGCAAGCGACUGGUCUCCAGGCUCCUCCCCCUCCUGCCGUCCCCCCAGGCCACUGCCGUCGUCAUGGCGAUCGCCCGCAACCUCCCUGCCUUAGCCAAGAAGGACAAGCAGGACCAGGUGCUGUGCUGGUUGGUGGAGCCGGUGUCUGCCGUCGUCCAAUCGCUGUCCAGCUCGUCUCUGACCGACCUGCUGCAGGAACUGCAAGGCAGCGAGGGGCAGCUGAGCUCCGUGCUGCACAACAAGUUUGGUGUGACUCUGCUCUACCUGAUCCUGAGUGAAGGAGAGAGGAUGCAGAGCUCCGACCCCAACUGUCAACUCAUGGACGACAAUCGAUGGACCGAGUUGGUGUUUUCAGUGACGAGGGAGCUGCUCAGCGUCCCCCCCUCCUCCCUCUCUCCCCCGCUCUUCACCCCUCCCAACCUGCUCUCCCUCUUCUCGCGCUACGUUGACCGGCAGAGGCUCGAGCUGUUACAGGACAAGCUACAGAUCUCUGCCUUGUCCAGGUAGAAGUUACUACAGACAUGAACACCACCCCUCCCCGUCUUCUUCCCCCCCACUCCAUGCAGACGUGUGAAUGAGUGAGUGUGUGUGUGUGUGUGCGUGCUAUGAGGUGAAUCCACAGUGGAUCCUUUUUAAUCCAGAUCUCUCGUCACUUUGUUUUUUUCUUUGUUUAAAAGCGUUGUGUGUGUAUGUUUGCGUGCCUGUGUGUGUGUGUGUGUGUGUGUGUGUGUGUCGGACCGAGUGAAAAUAAUAAAUUUAAUCUGCAUUUUUAAAUAUCUUGUUUACGAUUAUGCCUGUGAUGAAACUUCAAAUUAAAAAAGUAUUUCUAUUA